AUGCUCUUGCUGCAUCCUAUCUCAUCUUUAUUCUUGUCAGGUUCAUCCUGUGUUAGGUGCACUGUAGAACCGUACUGGGUUGUUAAACGAAUCAGUGCAGAAAGCGUACCUCAGACUUUCACUGACCGUCAGGAUUACCUGGCUGACUUCCUGCCAUUGAAGUCCUGGUCUAUCCCUCCUCGACAAUGGCAUUGCCCCAGGUCAGGACUGGAGCCCGUCGGACAUAUCGACCCGCUGGCACGCACUGGUUCACUGGGUCAAUUGCUCGCUAGCCAAUGGGCAGGGGAUACUGUUAGCUACAGAAUGCUCUUUGUCCUGUCCGUUCUGGUCGCCUUGUUCUCCCAGGACCGGGUCGAUUGUAUCCUGGAAUCGUUGAGACAACACAAUGCUCACUUGAUCUCUGAAAGGAGUGGCGGUAAAUUUAUCGAGGACGUUCAUCCACUAGUGACUCAUUCAACCUUCUGCCAAGGAGCUACCCUCCGACGUAGGCCGAAACACAAUCCUCUCCUUCACUUCCCAACAUACCAACAUCCUCUUGACCAUUUGUCAUGCGAUCCAAUCUUUGCAAGGAUUUGA